AUGUCUGCACUGUCCACAAUGAGAUCUGCUGUGUAUAGAAUAGCUCGACGGGGUCCUAUCAUAACCCGUCUGGCUGUAGUUCCCGCUUAUAGAUACGCUUCUUGCGGCUUGACUUCUUCCAAGCCUCCGUCUUCACAACCAAAUCAUAAUCGGUACUUCCUCGCUGCAUCUAUAGGUCUUGCACUAGUCGCUGCUGAAUAUGUAUAUAAUGAAAAGAGAUUUUUUAAUGCUGCAAAAGUUGGAAAUGUUCAAGAGCUUCGUAAACAAGUAGGAGCUACGAAUGAUGGUGGACGAAGUUCUAUUGAUGGUGGUGGGGAAGGAGGAGCAGCUAAUCGGAGACAUGUUCUCGGCUGGACUGCUCUAAUGGUAGCCGCUGCUAACGAUCAACCCAGCGCGGUUACAGAGCUCCUGCGCCUCGGAGCGAAGCCCGAUUUACGCGAGCACUAUGCGGGCGCUUCUGCAACUGCGAGUAGCACAGGCUUACACCCCUUAGAAGUGUUACAGAGACGAGAAGAUGAAUUCUGUAGCGCUAUGAACGCGCGUGCCUCUUUCCUCGGUUGGACAGCUUUACACUACGCAGCGCUAGCGGACUCGUCAGUGUCUGCGAAGGCGUUGCUCGAAGCCGGAGCCGAUCCCACCGUGAGGGACCACGCUGGACGACGAGCACUCCACUACGCAAGAGAUCCCUCAGCGACUCGCGAUGUUAUCGUCGAGCAUGUUCACCGAUGGGAGGAAAAUGCCGCCGCCGCCGCCGCCGAGGAAAGACUAAGGUUUCCUUUAGAACAACGCCUCAAACAAUACAUCGUCGGUCAAACCGCUGCCAUCGAAACCGUCGCCGCUGCAGUCCGCCGAAAAGAAAACGGAUGGGCCGAUGAGGAGCACCCACUCGUAUUCCUUUUCUUAGGAAGUUCAGGAAUAGGGAAAACGGAACUUGCUAAACAACUGGCAAGGUAUAUGCAUCGAGACGACCCUGCGGCGUUCAUUAGACUCGAUAUGUCGGAAUACCAGGAAAAGCACGAAGUUGCAAAAUUAAUUGGAGCUCCACCAGGCUACGUCGGACACGAGGAGGGGGGCCAGCUGACGCGGGCGCUCGCGCGACGAGCCGACGCCGUGGUGUUGUUUGACGAAGUCGAUAAAGCACACCCUGAUGUUCUCACUGUUCUAUUACAACUUUUUGAUGAGGGUCGAUUAACGGACGGCAAGGGCAAACUAAUAGAGUGCAAGAAUGCGAUAUUCGUGAUGACGUCAAACCUGGCGGCCGAUGAGAUCGCGCAGUAUGGCCUGCAGCUGCGGCGCGAGGCCGACGCGCGCGCCGCGCAGUGCUCCCGCGGGCCCGCCGCGCCCGCGCCCGCGCCCGCCGACACACCCAGGGAAGAGUACGACGAAACCUCAGAAGUAGCGCCCGCUGAGGCUGACACAGAAGAGGAAGCGUUGCAAGUGUCUCGCAAAUUUAAGGACACGGUGGUGCGACCCAUCCUCAAGAGGCACUUCCGGCGCGACGAGUUCCUCGGCCGCAUCAACGAGAUCGUGUACUUCCUGCCCUUCUCCCGCCAGGAGCUGUUGACGCUGGUGCAGAUGGAGCUGAAGGCGUGGGCAGAGAAGGCCCGCACGCGACACAACAUAGAGCUCAAGUGGGAGGGCGGCGUGCUGGGGGCGCUUGCGGACGGGUACGACGUGCACUACGGCGCGCGCAGCAUCAAGCACGAGGUGGAGCGGCGCGUGGUGUCGGCGCUGGCGCUGGCGGCGGAGCGCGGCGCUGCGCCGCGCGGCUGCGGCGUGCUGCUGCGCGCGCGCGGCGGCCGCCUGCGCCUGGCCGUGCGCCGCCCGCCGCGCCCAGACUACGAGCCGCUCGACCUGGCGCCGCCGCCA